AUGGGAGUAUUUUCAAGCGCCCUCAGGAACUGGGCUGAGAGGAGUAUUCAAGUUAUUGUGGUGACAGAUGGAGAACGUGUCUUGGGACUUGUAGAUCUUGGAUACCAGGGUAUGGGAAUUCCAGUUGGGAAACUUGCAUUAUAUACUGCACUUGGAGGAGUUAGUCCUUCUGCAUGUUUGCCAAUAACCAUUGAUGUGGGGACAAAUAAUCAGAAGCUACUAGAUGAUGAAUUCUAUAUUGAUCUUAAACAAAAGAGGACCACUAGAAAAGAAUAUUAUGAAUUACUUGAAGAGCUCAUGUCUGCAGUCAAACAGAACUAUGGUCAAAAAGUUUCUGUACAGUUAACAUGGUUUUCAUGUUCAUAG